GAAUUGAAAGGAAUAGCUUUGCAACAACUUCAAACUAAUUUACAAAACAUUCAGUAUUUGAUUAUAGACGAAUAUUCAUUUGUUGGCCAGAGCUUAUUUGGGUGGAUAGAUUGUAGAUGCAGGCAAGCUACAGGUUUAGCUGAUCAAGCUUUUGGUGGUCUUUCUGUUAUUCUGGUCGGUGAUAUAGCACAGUUAUCCCCAGUUGGUGAUAAACCACUUUUCCAUUCUUUGCCAAAAUCAGAAAAACAGAUUCAGGGUCACCUCAUAUAUAAAGAGUUCAAACAAGUCGUCACAUUGUCAGUGAAUCAUAGAGUUGAUGGCAAAACUAAUGCCCACAGCUGCUUUAGAGAUCUCCUCAUUAGAGCACGAAAUGGAGAAUCCACUUUGGCAGAUUGGCAGACAUUGUUAUCUAGAACUCCUGAAAAUGUAACAAAUAUUGAAGAAUUCCUAACAUCAUCUGUAAGGCUAUCCUAUCUGAAGGCAAAAGUUGCAGAAAUGAACUUGAUCAAAUUAAAAAAUCUAAACCAGCCAAUAGCAACAAUCAAAGCCCGUCAUUCUGGUGGUGCUCAAACACUUAGCUCUGAUGAAAUGGGAGGAUUAGAACCUGUCAUAUAUUUAGCUAAAGGUGCUAGAGUUAUGCUCACUAUGAACAUGUGGACAGAAGUUGGUCUUUGUAAUGGUGCACUAGGAACUGUAUUAGAUUUUGUAUAUGCUGAUGGGCAAACUCCUCCAGCCCUGCCUAUUUGUGUUCUUGUACAGUUUGAUGAACAAUAUAAUGGACCUUCUUUA